AUGGCGCACUUGUGGUACCUCUCCGCAGAUUUUCAGCUCUUCUUCGUGUCAGUAGCAGUAAUACAGACAUUUAGAAGAAAGAAAUGGCUCACUGUUUUCAUCUUCGCGGUGCUGUCACUUCUGUGUUGUGGCAUCGCUGCAUGGCAAAUAUACGGUACCAACAUGACACCAUUUGUUACUGCUUUGCACCCAUCUUACCGAACCAUAAUUGACACAACAUCACAAUACUACGUACUUCCAUUCUACCACGCUGUCUGCUUCUUCUCAGGAUGCAUCACAUUUACCGUCGUUGAGCAAUACGGCCAGACCAAGAUAUCUAAGAUUAUGCAGAUUUUCUUGUGGUGCAUAGCACUGUCCUGUGGACUGAGUUGCGUGUUCAUGAAGCUCAAGUGGAACGGCAAUGAAGUAAUGGCCAGUGAGGCUAAGCGGAUGUUGGUUGCCUUCAUCGACAGAAUUCUCUGGUCUGUCUGCUUGGCUUGGUUCUGGUUCACCUGCACCACUGGUAGAGGAGGGUUCGUCAACCGGUUUCUCUCAUGGAACGGAUUUGUGCCUCUUGGCCGGCUUUCCUUCGGCGUGUACCUCAUACACGUGCCGUUCUACAACCUCAUGCACCGUAUAACCAGAGAGCGCCGGUUCUACUCUCACUUCAUAUUGGUAUCCAACUGCUUCAUCGUCCUUGUGUGGAGCUAUAUGCUCAGCUUCAUAUUAACUCUCGUCUGCGAUCUUCCCGUUGCGCAACUAGAGAAGCUCGUGUUCAACCGAGACAUCAAGAACGGCGCUGGCACCCCGGAAGAAGUUCAGAAGCAGCACCAAGUAACGGGAGAAAACGCCGAAAUCAUUCCUGUUAUGACAAUGACUCACCACACUUCGAACAAUUGUCGCACUGAGAGAUAGCAUUUCUACGAAAAAAAAAGUUCUACGCUUCCAUUCAGUCGCCCUUUGAAAAACCCGCCCUCCAAGAUAUACCAUUCGGCACUCGACUUCUCUCACGAAAUGUUAUUCUGGUGCGUUUUUUCACAAAGAAAGCGCCGCGCCUCGAGGUUUGUCGAUAGUUGCUCAAAAUUUGUUGGUCAUGUCAUUAUGGACGCUGUGUAAAAUGGACGGGUACAGUGGGAUGCCCUAUAUAAGAAGGUGCUUGUUCGCGACAAAAUAUUCACGCACAAGAGUGUACAGGCUGAAGAAAAAAGCCACGAGAACUACCAAUAAAAUGGUUGACAAUGCGCCUCAUAAC